UUUCCCCACAAAUUGUCUAUAUUUCCAAGUUGCCUGCUGUGUGAAGUGACAGUUCUUAAACCAUGUCCCUGCUACAUACUGUAACAUGUACGAUCUAUAAGGCCACAAUCUAGUGUGGACAAAACCUUACUUAAGGGCUGUCAUGUCGUGUGUCACAAGAGGUGUUUUCUGUGCAGUGCAUGUUUAUAAGUGGUGUCACCGGUCAAAGAGUCACCUUUCACCGUCGUAAAGGAUGUGGUUUUCUUUUGGUGGUACUAGUCAUAUGAGCUGGGUACCAUUUGACAGAGUUACUACAACUGUCUUGAAAUACAAGCAGCAUUUUACUUUAUUGCCCUUCAAGAACAUUAAAUGGAUGCUGAACCAUCUCAACUGGAUUGUAGCCCGAUAAAUUUAGCCCAGGACUUUAUAUGGUAAAGACUGCCAUUUGAGCAGUCCCCUUCAAAAUGGAUGACCUCCGUUUUUUUUUUUUUUAACGCUUUCUUCCCUUUUUAGUUCCUGUUUUGGUUUCCAAAAAGACAUUUUAAGUUCGAUUUUUAAAUUGCUAGGCUCAGACGCAAGGCAAAACUUGAAACUGUGGUUACGUAUUUUCAGUGGCUACACCCUGAUCCGAGAGCAUCUAAGAUCCCAUUUGUUAAUUAACAUCCCAGACUGGGAAGUCACAGUUAGGAAAAGUUGAUAGUAUCAUUACAUUGUGGGUCACUGGGCAAAAAGGAUUUUAGAAAGAACUCCAUGAAAGGAAUGCUAUGCUGGCGAUGGGUAAUGAUCAGGAAAUUAUAGGUCAUACUAAAUGUAGGGGUUUAUAAUCAUGGCAAUUAAUGCCAGAUUUGUAUUGCCGAUUUCUCUUUCAUAUGAUAUUCAGUCAUGCAGGAGUCCUUAUCAAGUGUCAUUUGUUGUGUUUAACAAAGUGAACCCCUAAAUCGGACCGAAUUAGGGAAAUAUGACUUUUAAACCUGACAUUAUAUAGGCCUAAAGUGCCACCUAUUGGAGUAAAUGAGAACUAUAACUUCAAGGAAUAUCUUAAGUUUUCAAUUAAGCGUAAAUUAUGUAGCCGACUUGUACGUGAUGUAUGUUAUUUAGCCAAUCAUAAAUGUGUUUGAUUAUUGUUUUUGUUUUCAUUUCGAUUUUGGUGACGUGGUUACGUAAUUAUGUUAAACCUAAUCUCUGUGUUGAUCCCAGUCAAGAGCGUAGUAGAAUUUUUCCUGCACAGCGCAAAUAAAUACAGCAGAGGGCGCACAAUAACAUUACGCAGGUCCAUAGCCUACCUACUGGAAUGCAUCAGGUUAAUAAACGGUAAUACGAAGGCCUGACAUAGUCAAACACAUUUUUUUAAAUAAAGGAACCAUACAAAUUUCCCAACUUUACAUCAACCUCCAUUUUAAAUACAUGACAGAAAAAUAAUAGCCUUGUUAAAUGUAGUGUAUAAGUUCUUAUCUAAUACUCGGCUAUGAAAACAUGGUUACUUCCGGUGUAAUGCAGGCGUUGCUGAGCGUCUCGAGGCAAGCACAGCGUAGAGCAGCUAUUUAGUCAGCGUCUUGCAUUCCAGGGCGUUAAGACGCUCCGUGGAAAUUUCAGGGAAAUUCGUCAAAGCCCACUAUUUUAAGACAGAGCCAGCGUAAUGGCGGGACUAACAUCUCUGGAAGCCGUAAAACGAAAAAUAAAAUCUUUGCAACAGCAAGCAGACGGUGCUGAAGAGAAAGCCGAGCGGCUGCAGAAGGAGUUGGGUUUGGAGAGGAAAUCCAGAGAAACAGCCGAGGGGGAUGUGGCCUCCCUGAACAGACGCAUCCAGCUGGUUGAGGAGGAGCUGGACCGUGCUCAGGAACGUCUGUCCACCGCUCUGCAGAAGCUGGAGGAAGCCGAGAAGGCCGCAGAUGAGAGCGAGAGAGGCAUGAAGGUCAUUGAGAACAGAGCUCAGAAGGAUGAGGAGAAGAUGGAGCUGCAGGAGAUCCAGCUGAAGGAGGCCAAGCACAUUGCAGAGGAGGCCGACCGCAAAUAUGAGGAGGUUGCCCGUAAGCUGGUGAUUGUUGAGGCUGAGCUGGAGCGCACUGAGGAGCGUGCUGAGCUGGCUGAGAGAAUGGUCCGGCAAUCAGAGGAGGAGGUCAGGGUCUUGGACCAGGCCACAAAGUCAUUACGAGCCUCAGACGCACAGUACUCACAGAAGGAGGACAAGUACGAGGAGGAGAUCAAGGUCCUCUCCGACAAACUGAAGGAGGCUGAGACUCGUGCUGAGUUCGCUGAGAGAUCAGUAGCCAAGCUUGAGAAGACCAUUGACGACCUGGAAGAUCGCCUCUACCAGCAACUUGAGAAAAACCGCCUCCUCUCUAAUGAACUAAGACUGGCCUUGAAUGAGGAUUAAACUUAACCCUGGAUGUUUUGCGUCCUAACUACGGGUUUAUAUACAUAACACACCUUCAUACGAACAGCGUGUCCGAAUUGAGAUGAACAUUGUAUUUCAAACACGUAGACAACACUUUGUAUCACUCCAAAAAAGUUGUUGUAAACUCUACUGUUGUUUUAUUAAUACACACUUUAGGAGUAAUGCAUCAUCUCCAAUUUAACAACCUGUUCAUAUUAAGCAUGUUCAGUGUCGGGAGAUGAGAUGUGAUGUGCUGCAAGGCUUGUUUAUUGGUCUUGCAAAAGGACCAAGACUGCAGAAGUUCUGUCCCACUUUGGCUAGCUUAUUAUGCAUGAAUGUCUGGAUGAACAGUGACACUCAAGUAAGCUAUAUGACAUCACUGUGGAAUUUGCAAAUGGCUGAUAAUUUAACUGUACUGCCUGGGCAUUUAUGGAGUGCUAAAAAGGGAAGCUAGUGUGCUUAUGGAUCCAUCUGCAUGCAUUGUUUUUUUUUUUUAAUCAUGUAUGUCAUAUUUAAGAUGUUAUGUUUUUUUUAUUUGAUGUUCUAACAGAGAAACUCGCACACGCUAAAGAAGAGAACCUCGAAA